AUGUCUGAAUUCUUACCACUAUGUGACGUCCUCUUCAACGUUAUAUCAUUAGCUGGAUACUUUUGUGAUGUUGUCUUCGAUGUUGUACUGGGAUACGCUCUACUGGAACGUGGUCGUGUUGGCUAUUUUACUAUUGUGAUUUCUCUUGUCCUGUUAUCACUCAUUGUGUCUCAAAUUGUAUCAUUUCGAUGGUAUUGGAACAAUAUGAAGCGCAAGAGAGCUGACUUAGCAGCAAAUUCAGCUCAAGCCAAUGACAAUGGAGAGCUGGCAGUUCCCGAAAAGAAAGAUGUUUUCGGAGAUUGUGGGGACUCACAAGCAAUGCGAUUUAAGACUUAUUCUAUUAUUGCUGUUCACGCUAUACAAUGUGGAGUUCUCUGGCGAUAUGCGAAACUAUUUGUUCCAGUCAAUUUGAGACGUGUCAAGCAUGAAGUUCGCGAUCUAUGUAUGCUUCGUUUGGUUCAUGGUUUCUGUGAAGCUGCUCCUAUGCUCCUACUGCAACUGUACCUGCUCAUAACAAUCCAAAGUGAUAGCAAAUUUCUUUCGGAAGGAUCUGAAGUGAAAUUGAAAACAUUAAGUGGGAAGACCUACUCACCCGGAUUGACAAUCACACAACAAUCGAGUUUGGCCCAACAACAAACUGAGAAAACAUUCAAGGAUCUCAAUGUUGUUUCAGCAUCUUUAUCAUUGUUUAGCGUUUGUUGGGCUCUUGCCAGUUUUAGCAAGAAUGUUCGUUUGCAAAAAGUCCAUCGUUUGGUUCUUACAUGGCUGGGAGUUAUAUUUCAAUUUAUAUGGCGAUUGGGUACUGUAACAUCACGAAUAGCAUCACUUACUGUAUACGCCUCGGUAUAUAAAUAUUGGGUGUUUUUGGUGAUCAUAUUGCAUUGGUUUUCAAUGCUUUUGUGGCUGAUUUCGCCGAAAAAUGUUUUCCAUGGCGAAAGGAUUUCCAAAGUUCGCAAAACCUUGCUCUCAGCUUUGAUAGCUUUCGUUUAUAUCUUUGCUUAUAUUAAUCUUCAAGAAGUUAAUCAUAGACAGAAAAUGUUUACAUUCUAUAUUGUGAUGUUUCUUGAGAAUGCACUGUUGGUGUCACUUUGGUUGGCUGGAAUUUGGGACAGAAGAACUGAGCAAUGGCAUGUGACACCGUUGUUGAUUCUGGGAACCUUUGUUAUUGGAAUUUUCUUCAUGCUUUUAUAUUAUAGAUUCUUCCAUGUUCGAAGACUGAAUUGGGAAUCUGGAGGUCGUUAUCCUUCUAACGAAAAUGAAUUCAGAUCAAAUAACAAUCGAAAAGGGACCGGCAAAAUUGAUGGUUCGACAGGUCAGCCAGCUAUUGCAGGAGUCUUCAACUGUAGGUUCACAAAUCCAGUUGGAAACGCUGCAACAAAAAGAAAGAAGAAGAAACCAACAACAUUCAUUCCUCCGCCCAAUUUACGAUAUACUCCACAACUAGGUUCGGUAAGCUCUAUUAUCACAAACGGAGCUAUGGCAAUGCCUUUCUGGCGCAGACCCUUAUCACGUUCCCAGGCUGGUUCGAGUGAAAACGAAGGUAGUAGUGCUGGUUCACGUGUUAAUAUCCAUCAAAAACUCCAAGAGAAAAAACAAAAGCAACUUGCCGAAUUGAAAAUUAUCGAAGAAGAAAUCAAACAAGGUAAACUUGGUGGACCAACAACAAAUACUCUGAGCUCGGGAGAUGAUGGACGAACAUCCUUGCCUAGACAACCGAUUCCAAGAACCAAAAAACAUACAAAUUUACUCGAUGCCAUGGAAUGGUGCACAGCCAAUCCGGGAAUGUUAGAAAAAAGUUUCAGUGAUUUUGAUGAGAUGAAUAAUCUCAAUAAAUACUGCGCCGAUGAGUUGUAUUCUUCUUUUGGCUUGAGUGGUAUUAAUAUUCCAGCAUUGGAACAACAAAGUCCACUGCCAAAACCAGUCGCGUCAUCGAUUCCCUCCUCAUCACAACUCUCGGCAGCCGAAAGUAAUUCGCUCACAAGACAUGCAGUGCACGCUAGAACAAAAAUUCCACACAAUGUACCCCUAAAUCCAAUCCUAUUUGAAAAUUACUGCAGCAAUCAGCAUGGAAGUGCCAAUGGAAACUUCGAUCACUUAAAUCGACAAAACAUUUUCCAUGAAAUCAAUCAUCCAAGACAAAUUUCAGGGACUUAUAGUAGUAAUACUGCUGAAAACCCUAAAGGAGGUUUAGAGGGAGGAUUACCAUUUCCUUAUAACGUUUUGCCUCCACCAAGGUCGAAAUUAGAUAGUCGGUCAACACCACCAACACCAUCUAUUACAAUCACACAGCAACAGCAAAAACAGCAACAGCAGCAACAACAAUCACCCCAAAAAUUAGCUGCCGCUGAUUUUCUGUCCAAGUUAUCGCAGCGUCAAUAUCAAAGGGCAAAGACCCCCGAAGUCCUCUUAGCACCACACUAUCUUGACAAUUCGAGGGUUUACUACGACUGGGUUGGAAGAGAACAUCCCUAUAGGUCCCAUCAUAAUCCGGAUCGGGUAAGCAGUGGAGACGAAAAUCUAGAUGUAUCAGCAGCAGACGAUAGUGUACUUGGUUUGAAUGAACCUGUCGGACAUAGAGCUUCAUCUGAUAUAGAUAGUCAGGUUUCUCUUCCACGAUCAUAUACCCUUCCAAGAGAAUUCAAAUACUAUCGCAGAAAUAAACCACGAAAAAUUAUUAAAACAGAAACUUUCAUAACAAGCACCAAUAGCAGUGACGGUGACGUUGAUAGUGGCGAUGAAAAUGAAUCCGAAGGCAACUCUCACUCAGAUGAUUCACAAUGCAAAGCAGUUCCUCCUCCAAAUUCCAGAAUAGCUUCGAAUAACUUCCACAACCACAAUGGCCAUAAUCGUAGCCAAAAUCGAAUAUUAACUGCCGCCAGCACUGCCCCAAUUCAACAUCAUCAACUGCCGCCACAACCUAUUGUUAAGAAAACACUUCAAAUUGGAAGUAGUAAUAGUAAAACUGCAUCACCACUCAACGAAGGGCCAUCAAUAGCUGUAAAUAAUUUAGAUUUAAUUAGUGGUGUUAGUGACGUUGGACAUUUUAGUCAGUUUUCAAAUCGGCCUCGAGUAAGGACUUAUGGUCUAUCAAAGAGUACAGCAACUCAUUUGCCAUAUUGUCGGCAUGAGACGAAGCUCUAAACACAAAUAAUAAUUAUAUCCUAUAUUACUUCCUCUUCGAUCUGUUCCUCUCAUCAGUUUUACUGUUAUUUAUAUAAAAUACUUGUUAUAUUCUUUUGUUUGAUAUUAUUAUUUUUUUUUU